AUGUCCAAGGCGCAGCUCGAGCUGAGCGAGCUCCUCCAAGCGCAUUUGCCGUCGUUCCUGGACGCGAUGGCCAACUACCGCUACAAGAACGCGAAAGACGGCGUUCCGCUCGAGCAAGACGGGAACCGCGAGUGGCGCCACCUCUCGCGCAUGCUGCACAUGUGGGCCGACUGCGAAUCCACGUACCACAAGAUGACGUACUUGCAGCCCGAGUACUUGUACAAGGACACGCUGCGCAGCUUGUACCUCCAGCUCAAGACGCAGAGCCUCGUGUGCGCCGACUUGUUGCAUUUUCAUCGGCGCGACAAGGCCGGGUCCGAGUCGGACGUGGACAAAGGCGGGUAUUCGCUCGCUGCCAAGUGCAGCACCCCCACGGUAGUCGCCCCCUCUGGCUAUUACGACUCGCUAAGGUUUUCGUGGCAGAGCGACCAAACCUUUCUCAACGAGAACCCGUCCAGCGUCGGGUCGGUCGCGUCCAACCUCUCCGAGUUCGAUCAGUUUUAUGAGGGCCCGCCGUCCAUGCGCAUCGUCGAGUACAAGGCCUUCCUCGACCAGUGCAGCCGGUACUUUGAGCAACGCCUCCUUCUCGUGUCCUUCUACCUCGGCCUCGCGCGCGAGAAGCCGCAUGUCCAUUACCUCUUCGACUACAAAGAGAAGGAGCAGUCGCUUGAAAACAUCCAAAACGCUCUGCGCACGCUCGAGCAUCCCUUCUUCUACGCGCUUCAAACGGCGGCGACGAUGGAGGUGCAAACGAUUCGCGCCGCGCUCAAGUGCGAGAUGAUGCUCUCGCAGUACAACUACCUCCACUCGAUCAUGGCGCUGCACAAGCUCAAACAGCAGCUCGGCGUGUGGGCCGACCUUUUGGACCAAGCCGACGACGACGACGACGAGUCACCGGACGCCACCAAUACGGAUCUGCGCACUUCGCGCACAUCCCGCAACUCGGACCGCGUGCUCCCGACGCCGCCAGGCCGCCCGUCGUUGGAAAACAAGGUGCACCUAAGUGCCAAGCCGCAUCCGAUCGCAAAGCUUCUAAAGCGUGGCGAGUCGUCGUCGAACGUGCUGCAGCCCAGUGCGCACUCGCUCUCCAACUCGCAGCACGCCGUGCCGUUUGAUGACGCAAUCGUGCUGCCGCUCUUUCGGUGGUCCAAAAAGCUCUUCCAGUCGCUCGUCGCCAAGUUUACGCUCUACUUUCACAGAUGGCUCGACCAAAUCGACGGACACAUGCAGCCGCGGGGCAUUUUGCCGGCGCCGAAAUCCAUCGUCAACCACGUCGGCCUUUCGUACACGGAGCUCAUCGAUACGUUUUUUUCUCGCCACUUCUUGCGCGACCACAGCGAGAGCGCGCAGCUCAUGCUCGUGCUCGACGCGGCGGCCCUUCCUCCGGGCGCCUUCCACGCCAAAGGCUACCUCUGUCCGUCGCAAACGAUCGCGGGCCCGAAAAAGUCGUCGGCAAACCGGAUUCGCGCCGCCAACAAGACGUAUUUCGGUAAAGUGUCGCGCUACGACGAAGACAUUCACGGGGAAUUCGCGCCGCUGUGGGGUGUUGCGUCGUUUCCCGUCGUCUACUGCUACCCCAAGGCCGAGCCGCCCGAGCACUUUGUGCCGCGGCACUUUCCCAACCUCGUGGGCCUGCUCCAGGACCUUCCGCCGUGGGACGCCAAGGCCAAGACGGCCCACACGUCGCCCAUAACGAUCCACCACGAGAAGAAGCCCGCGAGUACGUAUGCGGUGGCUCGCGUCGACGCGUGCGUCUACUUGACGCUCAUUUUUGAAAAGCGCAAGCAGGGCCCGUCCGACAAGGUGUUGCAGGACCUCUUGUUACUCUUGCUGAGCAGCCUCCAGCACACGACCGUGUUUCGAUAG